AUGCUACUAAUUGACAAUGCGCCAGGUCAUCCUCCCGCAACUCUAAUUAAUUUCGAUCCACGUGUGGAAGUUGUAUUUUUGCCACCAAACACUACCAGCUUGCUUCAACCAAUGGACCAGGGAGUCAUUAAAACAUUUAAAGCUUACUACACAAGGCGGUCAUUUGCACAUCUACAUGAAGCUAUGAGACAAAACAAUGAGCUUUCUGUUAAAGACUUUUGGAAGCAAUUCAAUGUUUUAGAUGCUGCAAGAAUUAUUGGACAAUCUUGGAAUGAGGUUUCACAAAAAACUCUCAAUGGUGUCUGGAAAAAACUGUGUCCAUUUUUUUUCACCUCUGAAACCCAAGGAGAAACCAUUUCAGAUCCUGAACAAAUCGAUAGCAUAAUAGAAGAAGUGGUCGAUAUCGCCAAGCAAUUAAAUUUAGAGGUCGAUAAUGAUGACGUUCAAGAAUUGCUAGAUUCACACAAUCAAGAGCUAACAAUUGACGAGGUUAUAGAAAUGCGUAAGUAUGAGCAAGAUAUUGACCAAACUGAUUCGCUAGACCCAGUUGAAUCGGUAAAUCAAAUGACAAUUGCAAACUUAACAGAAGGGCUCAAUUCAAUUGAAAAGGGGUUACAAAUUUUAGAAAAAAUUUAUUCUAAUGAAGAACGCAUUUCUACUACAAAACGAGGGAUAAAAAAAUUACUGGUAUGCUACGAGGAAAUUUUACGUGAAAAGAAGAAAAAUUUAACUCGUCAGGCAACACUGUUAGAAUAUAUGAAGCCUUCGACAUCAAAAUAA